AUGAAGAAUUUGGCUGGCACCAUUUUCGAAAUGAAGCUUCUUAUUCCUUUAUAUUUGAAGAUUAUAAAUGCACAGUGGAGUUCUUUGUAUCUCCUUUCUUGGUUCAAGAAUGGGAAGUUACAGACAAAAAUAGGACGAGAAAGAAACACUUCGACUGGAUAUAAUUGGAAGCAGAAAGUAAAAACCCAAAUUCGUUGUUGUUGGCUUGUGGAACUGAAAAUGGUGGGAAAGAUUCUGAUGACAUGGAGAUUCCAGGUUGACCCCAACUUCAUGUACCUUGUCAGGUUGCAUUGGUGUGAUGAUGAAGUGAGUGAUGAUGAAAUGACCAAAACUAAUGAAAGAAUUUUCGAUGUAUACAUCAACAAUCAGACUGCAGCGAAUACAGUCGACCUGUUUGCCUGGCAGAAUUCUGUUACAAGUCCUACCACGAGGGAUAAUGCAAUUAGAGUGUCUAACAAGAGUAGGGAUGCAGAAUUAUGGGUGACGCUCCGCCCAAAUGUUAAAGAGAGACCUCUAUAUGUCGAUGUUCUUUUGAAUGGAUUGGAGAUAUUUAAACUAAGUAAAUCAAAUCUUGCAGGAUCUAAUCCAACGAUUUCAGAUAUGAUGAGGAACUACCAGGAAAAACAAGCAGCAUCGCCAAACGCUUUUGCUCAGAAGAGCACCACCACUACCAUGGCCCUUAUCUCUGGUGCUGCUGGCGGAGCUGCAGCUUUUGGGGUUGCGGCCGCCAUUUUUCUUGUUGCCCACAAGAAGAAAAAGAGAGUCCCUGGAGAUGCCACUAGUUGGUUACCAAUUUCCUGGAAUUCUAGUACUACAUCAGGGGCAAAAUCAUCUGUUUCUGGCAAGAGUCAAGGCAGCUCGACUAUUUCUUCUGAUGCUGCAAACAGUGGAGGCAGUGACAGCGGCAUGGAUCAUCAGAAUGCCGAACAAAUUGAUCAGAACAACCUCAUAGCCAUGCAUCGAAAUACCUUAAAUCUUGGAAGUGAUGACGACGCAAAUGACUCAUCAGAUGACAGUACUGACGAUGUCUUCUCACAGAUUGCCAAUCCAAAGGGCCUUUGA